CCCACAACAUAUUUAGGAACUAAAGAACACUGUAGUAGCGUUUGGUCAGUUGAUAGAUAUCUUCUCGCGAUGAUAGGGCACCAAUCGAUAAGGCUGUUAGCCUCACGUAAGUUUAGUUCUUCAAGUCGAAAUGCGGCCAAAGUUGUGUACACAUACACGGAUGAGGCUCCCGCACUGGCUACAGCAGGUUUCCUUCCCAUCCUGAACAAGUUCACCAACAGUGCCAAUGUGGCGUUUGAGAUCAGUGACAUCUCUGUCGCGUCGCGUGUGCUUGCUCUGUGGCCCGAUCGUCUUUCCGAGUCGCAGCGUAAACCCGAUAACUUAGCUGCGCUUGGUGAGCUCGCUAAGACCCCUGACGCGAACAUCAUAAAACUGCCUAACGUAUCAGCCUCCGUGCCUCAGCUUAAGGCGUGCAUUGCGGAGCUUCAAGCUAAAGGAUACGAUGUACCAUCAUACCCACAAUCCCCUACCAAUUCUGAGGAGGAGGUGAUCAACAAGACAUACGCCAAGGUACUUGGGUCGGCUGUCAACCCCGUGCUGCGAGAAGGAAACUCUGACCGCAGAGCAGCAGCGCCUGUCAAGGCGUUCGCCCAAGCCCACCCCAAAAAGAUGGGUGCAUGGACCAAGGACUCCAAGACACACGUGGCCUUUAUGAAGGACGGUGACUUCUACGGAAGUGAGAAGAGUUUUGUUAUGCCCAAGGCCGGCUCGGUACGCAUGGAAUUCGAGAACAAGAACGGAGAUGUGAAGGUAAUGAAGAAAACCACCCCUCUACUAGAUAACGAGGUGAUUGAUGCUAGCUUCAUGUCUCGUGCCAAGCUUGCUGCUUUUGUCGAGCACGAGCUGGCGGAUGCCAAGGCGCAGGACAUUCUGUUGUCUCUGCAUCUCAAGGCCACUAUGAUGAAGGUAUCUGAUCCUCGCAUGUUCGGUACAGUAGUGGAGGUGUUCUUCAAGGAUGUAUUCAGCAAGCACGCGUCGCUGUUCAAGGAAUUAGGUGUGAACGCCAACAAUGGUUUUGGUGAUGUUCUAGAGAAGAUUCAGAAUGCGCCUGCAGAUGUCCAGAAGCAAGUGCUUGCUGAUGUAGAUGCGGCUUACAAGUCUGGGCCAUCUCUAGCAUACGUCAACAGUGACAAGGGAAUUACAAACUUGCACGUUCCUUCGGAUGUUAUUGUAGACGCUUCGAUGCCUGUGGUCAUCCGUGAUUCUGGUAAGAUGUACAACAAGGCCGGUAAUCUGCAAGACACCAAGUGUGUUAUCCCCGAUAGAUGUUACGCACGUGUUUUUCAGACAGCCGUUGACUUUGUGAAGCAGAAUGGACAGUUCGAUGCAGCCACCAUGGGCCACACAUCGAAUGUUGGGCUUAUGGCUCAGAAGGCUGAGGAGUACGGUUCUCACGACAAGACAUUCGAGAUGAGUGAGGCCGGUACUAUGCGUGUAAUAAACGAGAACGAUGGAUCGGUUGUAUUCGAGCACCAGGUAGAGCAGGGAGAUAUCUGGCGCAUGUGUCAAACUAAGGAUAUUCCUAUCAAGGACUGGGUCAAGCUUGCUGUCAACCGCGCACGCGCAUCCAAUACACCCGCGAUCUUCUGGUUGGACCCUAACCGACCCCACGACGCUAACUUAAUCAAGAAGGUUAAUGAGUACCUACCCGAGCACAACGCUGAGGGCUUGGACAUUACCAUCGAAACACCCGAGAAGGCGUGCUGGGUGUCUAUGGAGCGCGCGAUGGCCGGUAAGGAUACCAUCUCUGUAACUGGUAAUGUACUGCGUGAUUACAACACCGAUCUAUUCCCCAUUCUUGAGCUUGCAUCGUCCUCCAAAAUGUUGUCUAUUGUACCUCUUCUGGCUGGUGGUGGUCUAUACGAGACCGGUGCGGGUGGUUCAGCGCCUAAGCACGUACAGCAGUUCUUGGAAGAAGGACACUUGCGUUGGGACUCGUUGGGUGAGUACUUGGCCACGGCUGUGUCUCUAGAGGAGCUCGGUGUCAAGAGUGGCAACGAGAAGGUGACUCAGUUGGGCGAGUGUCUCAAUGAGGCCGUCGCACAGUGGUUGAAUAAUAAUAAGGGUCCGUCACGCAAGGUAAACGAGAUUGACAACCGAGGUUCGGUAUACUACUUGGCGCUGUACUGGGCUGAGGCCAUGGCCAAGAAGGACAAGAGCUUCACCAAGAUGGCAACAGCUCUUCGCGAGAAUGAGGCAAAGAUCACUCAAGAAUUGAUUGAUUGCCAGGGCAAGCCUCAGGACAUUGGUGGAUACUACCUACCCGACAAGGAGAUGACCGAGAAGGCCAUGCGUCCUAGUGCGACUCUUAACGCGAUCAUUGACAGUGCUUAUUGAGCUGACAGAUUAGACACAUUUAUAAAAUAGCAAUAAACUACUUAUUCUGUAGGUUCCCUACAAAGCUU